CUUUGAGAGUGUUGCUCCUAUAGAAGAGGAUCUGAACGGCAGGCUGAUGAACGAAGACAUACGUAUCCAUAGCUGGCCUUGUUCUUACUACUUGGACACCGGUAAACAAUGGGUUUCUGGCAGACUCUCGUUGACUCCUGUUGCGAUCAAAUUUGUAGCUGACAAGACUGGGGAGCUUUUGGUCAACUUCCAUCUUUCUAGUAUUAGUGAGAUCAAGAAGGAAUCUUCAAAUUUAAUCUUCAGCUCCCUUACCAUCUUAGAGAAGAACACCAAGCACUGGUUCAGUUCUCUGCAACCCAACAGAAAUGUGGUAUUCAACAUCCUUGAGCACUUCUGGAGGGAGCAGUUGCUGUCAAGCCAAGGUGCAGGAGCAGAAGCAGCAGCUUUGCAGUCAACAAAGGGAAGAGAACUGACCGGGUUAUUGACUGGAUCACAGAAACGACUGGAGGAUACAGCAAAAGUGCUGCAUUACCAAGGCGAGCAGUUUGAUAACAUCAUGAGAGGACUCAACAAGAUCGAAGGGGAUAUGGAUGUAGCUGACAGGUUGUUGACCGAGCUCGAAUCUCCUUCUUGGUGGCCGUUUAGCAGCAAGCUCUGGAAAGCGCCAUUGGAAAGCAAGCCAAAGGAAACUGCCACAGUUUCCGAUUCGAAGAACCAGGAAGGAAUCAUAAUUAGAAUUCCAGUUAUUAUCACCCACAGAACAGACUCAAAUGUCAAGCCAGGAAAACUCACACUCUUCGCUUCUGGCCUAGAAAUCAGUGACUGCAAUUCUCAGGUCAUUCACCGGUUUGAAUCAAAGGAUGUGGAUGAUAUCAGAGUUCAUACGCCAUAUGAAAUCAGUGUCCGUCAGAGAUUUAUUGGGAAGCCUGACACCUCUUACCGGCUCUUGUCAGCAAAGAUGCCAGAAGCGAUCCCCAUCUUGGAGAUGCAGUUUAGCAAGAAGAUGCAGUUUUUAGAAGAUGCCCUAGGAUUUGUUGGUGCCAGGAAGUCUCCUCAGGUAGAUUUGGGGACUUCCAUUUGGCAAGCAGCCACAGGACUCCUGGGAGGUGUGGUGCAGCCCAGCUCUCCGGUGGGAGGCAAAGAAGGGAUGGACAGUGAGCAGGUUCAGCUGCAGAAGCAAGAGAAGAUCUCCCAGGAAGAAGCAAAAGAGCUUAAACAGAUACUAAAGAAACUGAAGGGCCUUGCCUUGGAGACAGAAGCCGAGCUGGAGAGACAGGAUGAAGCUCUCGAUUCCAUCACUACCUCUGUAGACCGCGCGACACUGAAUAUUGACAAGCAGAACCGCAGGAUAAAGAAACUAACGUAG